UUCACUAUCGUGUCACUAUCUCUGUUAUGCUGUCGUCUUUAUUUGAUAUUAUCAAUUAUAAUCGUACUAAGUUAUAUGCGAAGAACGGGGUUUUAAGAUCCUAAAUGGUGGCAGGCACUUGUGUUGGCAAUCAGUUCGUCAACGCGUGUUCCUCGGUAUGAACCCUGGACGAAACAGGAAGAGUGGCAUGCGACUGCGCGGCCCGGCGCGCAUGGCUGUGCUAGUGGUUGGCACGGUUGCCAUAUUGUUUGUCGGUGUUAAAAUUUUUACCGCCACCAAGUCAAAAGUCACAUCCAGUGAUGAUGGCCAAAUGAUGGCUGCAGCACAGAGUCUUAUCAAGGGUGACCAGAUUCGGAACCCUAGAGGUGAUGUGCAGAAAGAAGUGCAGUUAAUCUAUAGACCAGGAGGAGAAGCUGUAGAAUCUGACAAGGGAAAUGCUGGCCAUGCUGGUAACAUGAUAAGGAAGUAUGAGGAGGAAGAGUCAGACCUCAGGGAAGAUAAGGCUGGAUCACUUCACAAAGCGCAUCCAGAAUCAAAGAAAGCUGACAGUGACCAAGGAUAUGAGGCUGAAGAUAAUAAGGGUCUUCCAGAUAUUAAAAUGUCCAGGCUUUCUGCACUUGGUGAUAAGAAAGCAGGACUGAGUCAACAAGGAGAUGAAGCUUUCCAACAGCAGCCAAUCCAACAGAACAUGGACGUUGCUGGAGUAUUCAAUGAACCUGCUAUUCCUCCAGUUGCACAGGUUCCUGAAUGGGCGUUGGAUGUUCAGAGAUUGGCUGCAUCUACGAUCAUUGCAAAACCACCUACAUUGCCGUUUAUACCACCAGCCAAACUUGUUCAUCUAGACCUCAAAGGAGCGCCACCUAAAAUUUCUUACUUUAAACAGAUGUUUCCAUUGUAUCACAAGCUAGGGGCAACAGGUCUAUUAAUAGAGUAUGAAGACAUGUUCCCAUAUGCUGGUGAACUACAAGAUCUUGCUGCUGGUAAUGCAUACACUCCGGAUGAUAUCAAAGGUAUUGUGAAUUUGGCCCGUGAAAAUCAAUUGGAGAUUAUUCCACUAAUUCAGACCUUUGGACACAUGGAAUUUGUUCUGAAAUAUGAAAAGUACAUAGCCUACAGAGAGAACCCUAAGACACCGCAAGCGAUCUGCCCACGCAUGCCAUUCUCAAUGAAGCUGAUCCAAGGCAUGCUUGACCAGGUUAUUGCCAUGCACCCAGGCAUCAGAUACCUUCACAUUGGCUCUGAUGAGGUGUAUCACCUUGGGGAGUGUCCUACAUGUAAGCAGUACAUGGCGAAAGGCAAUCUUACGAAGGAAGACCUCUUCAUGGAGCACAUAGUGAAGGUCGCCAGUUAUGUGAGAACCGAACACCGUUUGACACCCAUCAUGUGGGAUGACAUGUACCGACAUAUUCAGAGUGAGGUGUUCCUAAAGUACAAAAUUGGUGACCUGGUGGAACCAAUGGUGUGGGCUUAUCACCCAAAUCUCACACAAUUUCUUCAUGCUGGAAUAUGGGAUCAGUACGCAAAGGUUUUCAAAAAAGUAUGGGUUGCAAGCUCAUUUAAAGGUGCUACAGGGAUUGACCAAUACGUGACGAAUAUCACGCAUCAUCUAGAAAAUCAUCUUUCCUGGCUGCAGAUAAUGACUGCCUAUAAGUCAGCCUUCAGCUUUCAAGGAAUUGCACUUACAGGCUGGCAGCGAUACGACCACUUCGCCGUGCUCUGCGAGCUGCUACCAGUCGCCACGCCAUCACUCGCCCUCUGCCUGCAGACCGUCGUCAACGGCGGCAUCGAUCCGAACAUCGUCAAUCGCGUCUCGAAUCUUCUCGGCUUCGCGACGCCGAUCAACAUCACGCUCGGUCCCGACCGGCCGCUGCCCGAGUCGGCGCCGCACUUCCCUGGUGGUGACGUCUACCACGAGGCGCAGCGGCUGUACCGUCUCGAUGCGUGGGCGCACGGAUUCGAGCACCUCGGCAACUUCCUCGGCUUUCUGACGCCGUACCAGCUGCGGCGCAACUUCUCGAGCGUGUCGUCGCUCGAGGCCGGUCUGCGGCAGUAUGCGCCGCUCGUCGAUGCGCUCAAGGCGGCGCGCGACGAUGCCGCGGAGGCGCUGUGGGGCGUCUACGACGGGCACACGGUCGCCGAGUGGCUGGAGCAGCGCAUAACGGCGACGCUCGACAGACUGCACGCCAUGAAACGCUCCGCCGACAGUCUCAUCGCGAGGAGAACGUGGCCACGGCGACCACUCGACGCACGGCCACCACUGCAGUGAGAGUACUAGCAGCAGUAGUGAGCUACUGAGCAGUACUAGCAGCAGCAGUAAGCUACUGAGCAGUACUAGCAGC